GAGGAGUUCUUCCUGGUGCGGAGGCCACCGUCGCCACGGCAACGCAGCUUUACUGGGCCCAACGGAUUCCGUGGUCCCGGGCUGCAGGAGGCCGCGUGGCCUGGGGACAGCGGCAGCAGCAUGGACAGCUUGUACGUGGAGGAGGUGGCCGCCUCCCUGGUCAGGGAGUUUCUGAGCAGAAAGGGUUUGAAGAAGACGUUCGUGACCAUGGACCAGGAGCGCCCCCGCUGUGAACUCAGUAUCAACAGCAGAAACGAUCUCCGUAAAGUUCUACAUCUGGAGUUUCUCUACAGGGAAAACAAGGCAAAGGAAAAGCCUCUAAAAACAAACCUUGAGCUCAUUACCAGAUAUUUUCUGGACCAUUCUGGGAACACAGACAACUUAAGUCAAGAAGUCCUGAUCCCUGCACUCCCAGUUCCAAAGAAAAAUAAUAAAUUGCCUUCGAGAUGCUCGGAGACCACACUGGUGAAUAUAUAUGAUCUUUCAGAUGAAGACACAGGAAGACGAUUAUCAUGGUCAGAAGCAGGCAAAGCUAGGCAUGACAAUCUUGAUGGGAACAUACUCGGUAAUUUCAUAUCAUCCAAAACAAGCCCACACAAAAGUAAGCCUGCACACACGGUCCUGGGUGACAGUCUCCCUUUGGUUCCUGCGUGGGAUAAGAUGGAGCAGCUUCAUUCAUCAGAGCCAUGCAUAGAUAUGAAGAGGCCAGUGGAGAGGACCAGGCCAAAGUCUGGCCUGAUUGUCCGAGGCAUGAUGGCCGGGCCCGUCGCCAGCUCCCCGCAGGACUCUUUCCGCAAACGCUCUCUGAGACGUUCCUCAUCCUUGAGCAGGAAGCUCCAGGCCCCAGAGGAAAGCCAGUAUCCCUCUGAGCCUCUUGUCCACACCCCAGCCUGUCCAGGUCCACAGGAGGUCCCCACUUCGAGCAGUGACUCUGUCUCCAGGAGUCCUCUGGGCCAGCUGGAUGAACUGCCUACGGAGAAGCCAAAUGCCUCUUCCAGCAGCCAAGGGCUGUUCCAGAGGGACAGGCCCAGGCUAAGAAGUGUUUCGGAGGAUGACCCACUGGGGUCCAGCCACACAGAAACCAGCACAACACCUUUGAAGCUGUACUUGCCUGGUGGGAAUUCCAGAGUGACCCAGGAGUGGUCGGAAAGAACGUUCAAGCGGCAGGGCAGCCAGCCCCCAUCUCUCAGGAGAAAUCAGUUGGUGUCUGACAAGGCUGGCAAUAAGCCAGAUGCCCUGUGGCUAGAGGAUGUUGAGGAUGAACUCACAAAGGAAGACAUUGUCCUGUCCCCACCUCCAUCAAUGCUCAAGCUGCAAGCUGUGUCAAAGCCAAUUGACCUCUCAUUGGCGAAGGAGAUGAAGACCCUUCUGUUUGGCUCUACCUUUUGCUGCUUCAGUGAAGAAUGGAAACUCCAGAACUUUUCCUUCAACAACACCGCCUCGUUAAAAUACGGCAUUGUGCAGAACAAGGGCGGUCCCUGUGGGGUUCUGGCGGCUGUUCAGGGCUGUGUGCUGCAGAAACUCCUGUUUGAAGAAGGUAGCAGAACCAACUCUAAUCUCCGGCUGCAGCCCACAGAUGCCCAGAGAACGCACUGCCUUGCCCUGGCCCUUGCAGACAUCCUGUGGCGCGCUGGAAGCAGAAAGCAAGCUGUGGUUGCAUUGACUUCAGGAACAGCACACUUCAGUCCAACAGGGAAAUACAAAGCAGAUGGAGUCUUAGAAACACUCACACUGUAUAGUUUGACCUGCUGUGAGGACCUGGUGACUUUCCUGCAGCAGAGCGUUCAUCAGUUCGAAGUGGGGCCCUAUGGUUGCAUCCUGCUCACCUUGUCUGCCAUCCUGUCCAGAUCCUUGGAGCUUGUCCGCCAGGACUUCGAUGUCCCCACCAGCCAUCUGAUUGGAGCGCACGGAUACUGCACACAGGAACUUGUCAAUCUUCUCCUGACCGGAAGAGCUGUGUCCAAUGUUUUCAACGAUGUAGUGGAACUAGACUCAGGCGAUGGGAACAUCACGCUCCUCCGAGGCAUCGAGGCACGCAGCAACAUCGGUUUCUUAUCUCUCUUUGAACACUACAAUGUGUGUCAGGUCGGCUGCUUCCUGAAGACUCCCAGGUUCCCCAUCUGGGUGGUGUGCAGCGAGAGCCACUUUAGCAUCCUCUUCAGCCUCCAGUCAGAGCUCUUGUCUGACUGGAGGACGGAGCGACUCUUUGACCUGUAUUACUACGAUGGCUUGGCCAACCAGCAGGAGGAGAUUCGGCUGACUGUUGAUACCACCAAGACCACCCCAGAGGACAGCUGCGGCGACCUUGUCCCUCCCCUUGAGCUCUGUAUCAGAACCAAAUGGAAGGGGGCAUCGGUGAACUGGAAUGGCUCAGACCCCAUCCUGUGACCCUUGGAUACAUCAAGCUCCAUGGCUUCAGCACUCAUCAUUGGGAUAACCCCUGGACCCCACGUCUUAGGGUCUGAUCUCUUAGAGGAGUCCUCCUGCCUGAGUUUGCAUGGCCACAGAGGCAUGUGGAACCUCCAGUUUCUUCCAUGAAGGACCGUGGUGGGGCCUGGUGCACCAGUGAGGUUUCCUCCCAAUACAUCUGUGACUGCCAAAGACAGGAAAGCCAUCAAAGACUCUGCCUCUCUCCAAGGCCUCUGGUGUGGUUGGCCUUGGGGGUAUUGGACACUUGUUGCUACAGCUUCCAUAAAGCAAAAGUCAAGCCUGUGACCAGGACCAAGACUUUGUGGUUCAUUGGUGCGAGGGGAGCACAGGUCUGCUCCAACCAUGACUAAGGUGGGACAGGGAGGAGGAGCCCCUCCCAGGGGGCAAAGUGUCGCUUAGCCAAGAUCUGAGGACAAGCCUUAGACUUGGGGAUGUCCUUGUCUAGAUCCCCUGGUCUCUGUGUUUUCUGUAGGAGCAGCAUAGUGUAAGAUACAUGCUACAUAGUCUAUUGUCCAAGAGAAGCCCAGUUCCUAGAAAGCCCAAGCCAAGGCUAUCUGCUUCUCUUGUGAGGCCAUAUAAGGAUGGGGUAUGCCUCAUUGAAGGCUGGAAUGGGCACGGAUAGAAAGCUUCCCAGGGAGCUUGGCCAUGAAUGUGAGCAAAGAAGUUGGGGACAAGCAGAGGGAUGAAGUGUAGACUUCCUUGUGGCCAUGGGGAGAACUGACUGCCAGUAUUAAGUGGGCAGGGCUCCGGAAGUACUCACAGUGCAGAAUGAGGAGACGGUUGGAUGGGAAAACGGUAUGCUCUGAACUUCACUUGCUAUGUUGGUGUGUAUCCUAUGGCUUUCAUCAAGGAGUGAGAGACAGCAGCUAGGAGCCUAGGGAAGAGCUACGGGAGGGAGGGUCUGGAGCAAAGCCAGAGCUAGGGCCACUUGUAGCCGUUCACAGGAGGGACCUAGAGGGAAAGCUCCAGCCCUCAAAAUCCCUGCCAUAUGCCUAUCCAGGUAAGAAACUAGGGCCAAAAUAAUGAGAGAGUCUGCAGGAGCUUCCACCCCUAGCUCAGGGGCCACCAAGUGCCUUACACAAGGUGCCCUGCAUGUGAGUGCCCUUGCGCACAGGAAUCAGGAGACACAUACAGGAGUUGUAGCUGCUUCACGACAACCAUCUGUCACCAUGGGGCUUAGGAGCCUAGCAUCUCUAGGGCUGUGUCCUCUACUGUAAAAAGACACCCUCCUUUACAAAGUUGGGGGUUCGGUGGGACACCUACAAAGGCUGUGUUAUGUUCCAGUGGCUCAGGCACAUGCUGUGUCCUAACUGCAGAUCUUUGGAGGAACAGGGAGGAGCCAACCAUGCCAUAGGAGAAUGGGAGGGCGGGGGUGGCUGUGUCCUCCACCAGGGCUCCCUUGGGGCUUGCUGUGUAAACUUUAGUGACCAUUCACAGCAGGUUCCCAGUAGAAAUGCUUCCUAUAUCUCCUUGAAAUGUUUAUGCAUUUGUUUUCCUUGGCCAGGGAUGGGCGGCUGCAGAGUGCCUGGCUGAGGAAGUUGGUUUCCCUGCAGUGGCCUUGUUUAUCGGCCUGGGGAGGAAAAGUAUCUUUUCAAUGAAACCCACUUAGUCUCCUUGCCAGGGGCUCUUUGGCAGCGCAAGAGAAAACAAACAAUUCCCAGCAUUGCUGCAGAAGGUUAACCCAACAAAGUACAGAGCUUGCUUUUCUAGGAGCCCAGAUGCAGAUACUCCAGUGAUGCCCUGGAGGGGAAGGUGGGCAGAGCCAGGUACCACCACUCCCAGGCUUUGAAGCCAGAAAACAUUCUCAGUUACCCUCUCAGCGCUGUAGGAACAAAACGCAUGAGGCUCUGCCUCAUCACAAGUGAGUGUUGUCUACAUGGGCUUGUUUUCUAGGGGUGUAGUUUGAAGGCUCCUCCAGAAAAGAGGGAUCCUAGAGGCUACUGUUUGUCUCCAGUGGACACACAGAUAAGUCUGGACCCUUCGUUUCUCAGGAUGUCUUAUGCUGGGCGCACGUGCGUGCGUGCGUGCGUGCGUGCGUGCGUGCGUGCGUGCGUGCGUGUGUGUGUGUGUGUGUGUGUGUGUGUCCCUGCCCACUGAUUAGGGUGGGACAGCUCUCCUGUGGGGGACAACGUCUCCCCAUCCCCUUUGUGUAACACCCGAGUCUUUUCUCUGAACUCCGCUUGGGAGCCAGAUGAAGCCCCAUAUGUCUUUGCAUGUUUAUACUGGAUCAGCUCUGGCCAUAUGCUCAGUGCCUCAGCUUUUCCAUAACUCUUCCCUGGGUGACUCAGCGGUCAUUCCUUCCAUCACAAGUGGGCAUUGUCCAUUUGGGCACAUUGUUUUCUAGGGAUCAAGUGGGUAGGCUUCUGUGGCUCAUAGCCUUCUUCCAACCUGUAUUAAAAUUUUAAUACUCACA